AUGAACACAUUAGGUGGCGACCUACUCCCAGGCGGACGUCGACCAUCACCUAGUGGUCACCGCUCGGACAUGCCGCCGCCCAGCCCGCUACUAGAAGCGUACCACGGAACCUACCAAUCCAUCUCUCCCAUGCCUUUUGCCAUCAAAGACGACGAUGACCUAAGCGACAUGGAGUCUCUCGAGCUAACCUCCUCCCGCCACCAUGUCUGGCAAAAACCUCACGGCAACCUCUCCCAAGACGUCUCUAUACUCGUCAAGGAUAAAAAGCGCGUAACAGUCUAUGACGCAGAGGGCGACGCGAAACGCCUCUCCAAAGCACUCGCCCACACGAAACCCGACCCGGACCCCAUCAUCGACAUCCUGCCAACCCUCUCCCACGACCAAAUCUGGGAGCUCCGGAAAGAGUACAAGAAGCUCGUCAAGAUCCAGGGAAAAGGCAUCAACCUACCCAAACAUCUCAAGCUCAAACUUCCCGGCACCAAUUUCGGCAAAGCCGCGUACGUCACCGCCCUGGCGCGGUGGGAAAGCGAAGGCUACUGGGCCAACUUCUGGUACCAGGCACAUGGUAGCCGGCGGGAACUCCUCGUCGAAGCGCUGAUGGGCCGGACGAAUGCGGAGAUUCGGAUGAUCAAGGAUGAAUUCAAGGACAAGCGGUAUGCGGAUAGUUUGGACCGGUGUAUGGAGAAGGAAUUGAAGAUGGAUAAGUUCCGCACGGCGGUGUUGUUGGUGCUGGAGGAGAGGAGGCAAGAGGAGAACGAGGUGUACCCGCCGGAGUAUGUAGGGAGGGAUGUGGAGGUGUUGCAUCAAGCGUUGACGGCGCCGAAGGGUGGGGAGACGGCGAUGUUGCAGGUGGUCAUAUUAAGGUCGGAUAGGCAUUUGCGGGAGAUUUUGCGGGAGUAUGAGAGGAGGUAUGGAGAGAAUUUCGCGAGGGCGGCGCUAAGGAAGAGCAAUAAUCUCGUCGGCGAAGUGAUAGCCCACAUCCUCAACGGCGUCAUCAACAAAGCAGCCCGCGACGCCCUGCUUCUGCAUCACGCCCUCCAAGACAUCGCCGAGAAGAACAAGGACGACGAGCUCCGCUACGAACUCCUCAUCUCGCGCCUCAUCCGAGUACACUGGGAUAAAGCGCAUCUGGAGCGCGUAAAGCGCACCUACUACGAACGCUUCAAGACCGUACUCGAAGACGACAUCGAUGAUGCCACGGUGAGCGACUUUCGCGAGUUUAUGGUUAAGCUUUGCGAGAAGUAG